UAGUUGGUGUGUGUGCGUGUGGUGUGUGUGUGUGUGCACGUGUACGUAUGUGUGAGUGAAAUGUGCAAGCAAGCACGCACGAGAGGUCUCUCCUGGGGCAGGAGGAAUAAAGCUGCCUGCCCGGCUGCCUCCACCACGUCUUCGGUGGCGCUGGAUACGGCUUGUGGGGACUGCUGUGCCCAUGAAUGUGUGCUAUUGUUCCAGGCACACGUCGGCCGAAGAAAUAGCACAAAACAAGCCCCGUCCUUAUUCAGAGGCAGAGCCCCCUCCAUCACUCACCCAGCCCGCCCAGGUCACAUGCCGCAGGCCUCUGCAGACAGGACGCAGCUGCCUCAAAUCUGCUGCGACCAUUAGCCGUGCUUCGCAAAACCUGACCGCGCCGAGCCUUCCAGGGGAGACUAGAAAGAUGUGGGGUCGGGGCGCUGUGCUCUCCGAGCAAUGCUGGCUGGAAAAUGAGAAAAAGUGUGCUGUGGUUCGGAAGCCUAAGCCAGGCAGGAAGCGCCAGGAGCUGCUGGCCGUGGCCUUGGGGGUGAAGGUCCACACAUUCCGAGGCCCGCAUUGGUGUGAAUACUGUGCCAACUUCAUGUGGGGGCUCAUCGCCCAAGGGGUUCGGUGCUCAGACUGUGGAUUGAACGUACACAAACAGUGUUCCAAGCACGUUCCCAAUGAUUGUCAACCUGAUCUCAAGAGGAUCAAGAAGGUGUACUGUUGUGACCUCACAACACUUGUAAAGGCUCACAACACUCAGAGACCCAUGGUGGUAGACAUAUGCAUACGGGAAAUUGAAGCAAGAGGAUUGAAGUCAGAAGGCCUUUACAGAGUCUCUGGGUUCACCGAACACAUCGAAGAUGUCAAAAUGGCAUUUGACAGAGAUGGUGAAAAGGCGGAUAUAUCUGCCAACAUCUAUCCAGACAUAAACAUCAUCACUGGAGCCCUUAAACUAUACUUCAGAGACUUACCCAUUCCUGUCAUCACCUAUGACACCUAUCCCAAAUUUAUCGAAGCAGCCAAAAUCUCCAGCGCAGACGAGCGGCUGGAAGCCGUCCACGACGUGCUGAUGCUGCUGCCUCCGGCGCACUACGAGACCCUCCGAUACUUAAUGAUCCACCUCAAGAAGGUGACGAUGAAUGAAAAGGACAAUUUCAUGAAUGCUGAAAAUCUGGGAAUUGUGUUUGGGCCCACGCUGAUGAGGUCCCCUGAGGACAGCACCCUCACCACCCUCCAUGAUAUGCGGUACCAAAAGCUGAUUGUGCAGAUUUUAAUAGAAAAUGAAGAUGUUUUGUUUUAAUCCACCAGGGAAAUGAGACGAAUGGCCCCAGCCCCAUCUAGUUGAUAAGGCUAAAGGAAUAAAAACACUUCUUACACUUGAUUUGUUUUUCAAACAAGUGCCAGAAUUUCCUAGACCACAGCGGAUUUUCAAGUCGGCUACUGUGUCUCAUAGACACUCACCUCCUCCAUGUGAGAACAGCAGGGGUGAGUGACCGAAGGCCCUGUCUUGGGUCUUUGCUGUGCCUCCUACAUAUGUCUGUUUUGCUGGAAGAGUGAUUAAUAAAUCUUUAACUUAUUAAAAAAACAAGGUAGAUCUUUAAGCUUCAGUCUUAUCAGUAAUAAAGGAAUUUAAUUCAUAGAGGUACUUGAUACAGUUAUACAUUUUCCACUUACAAAAAGAAGACAAUUCUAUGUUAAAUGUUAAAUGAAACUUAUAUUGUAAAAUGUAUUUUUAUUUUAGCUGCAAGAAUGUUACUUUAUUUCAGCAAAUAGAACUCAAUGCAGUGCAUUGAUUAUGACCCUGUGUACCUUGUCCUGCUUCUUGCUGUGAUCCCUGAAAAAGUUUACCAUGAAUGCAGUAUUAUCUUGACAUACCUCUGUCCUUAUCAGUGCUUUGCAAUGAAAGUUCACCAGCCACCUGUGUCCCUGCUUUUGAUAGGUUUUGCUGUUAAGCACAGGCAUUUUGCAGUCGUACGGUAUAGGUUUAUAGCAAUCCACAGAUUUUCUUUCCAUUAAAAUUUUGUGAAAUCCCAAAGUAUGUUUUGGCAUUGGUCGGAGUCUUUCCAUAUCAUGUGUGUAUAUCCCAGAACAUGCAGAAUGUGGUCGUUUUACAUAAAGUGAUGCGGGAAUACUGGUUAAAUCUGGGCCAUGUAAAAAGUCAGCACUUUCCCUAUGUCCUUUUCAGGCCAGCACUUGGAAUUAACCAAUUAAUGGGAAGUUGUAUUGUUGUCACAUUUCUGUAUUUAUGAAAAGUGAAUCUGCAGAAUAAUUACUGAUUUUUUUCCAUUUUUGUUUUAUAAACAAGCCUAUUUUUAAAAGUAAGAAUGAAUAAGUUUGGUUUUUACAAAGAUUUGUUCCUCCUUGAUAAAGGUAGCUAUGUAUGGAUCAUAAUACCAUUUGAUCACGGGAGUUCUAUCUUCUUGGUUAUAAAUUUAGCUUAGCAUGAGCUUUUCACAGCAAGAUCUCUAUAUUUUGUAACAUAGUUAAAUAUUUAAAGCAUCAAAAACUGUAAAUUAAAAAAAAAUUUUUUCUGAAAUCCAACUUCAAUGUCUUUUCCUCUGAUUGUCUGAGAUGAUCCAUGUACUUACUGGCUAGUGUUGUUCUGGAGUGACCAGAAGAGAAUUACUGUGUGAUGAGUGAGCUGAAAGGAGGAGGGCAGUGCAAUUGUCCUGGACGGUUCCAAGGGCUAUGCGGAUGGACUCCGUUGGCACACGGGGUGGGGGUGGGGGUCACAAUGGUUCUGCUGGGUCCCUAUUACUGUUCCUCCCAACUGUAUAGAUUUGUUUGUUGUAGCUUAUGUACUUCUUGAUACUGUCAAAAAAUUAUCUGAAAAUGGUUUUAUUUUGUGAAGUGAAUAAUACUUUGUAAUUUAUGAUAGUGUAAAUGGAAGGAAAAGCAUUAAAUGUAUUAAAUUCUUCUGUCUAUCAUC